UGGGGCGGCGGCAGGUGAGCGCUGGGGAGGGCAGCCGAGGGGAAGGGGUCAAGCGAGGGCGACUGGCGCUCCAUGCAGCCGAGCCGGGCUCUUGCAAAUCCGGCUUUUGCAGCGCCAGUUUCUGGGCAGAGGGGUUCAGGAGGGGAGGCGGCUGGCUGCCCGGGGAACUCCGGAGGUUGGCUUCGCUUGGGUUGCUCCGACGCCGGCUUUUGCAAAAGGUCGAACGCCUCUACGCGACCGUAGUUGGAUCAGCAGAGAGAGCCCAGGAACACCAGGCCCUAAAGGAGGAUGAUCUUUGAACAACGAAUCCAUGUUCUGUGGGGGCCGGAGGGGAAAGGCGAACCCUGCGUGGAAUGAGUCCCCGGCAUGGUCUGGCCAGCUGUCUGUACCAUGCCCAGGGCAACCUCCCCCUUCCUUCUCUUCCUGGUGGUGGGCUGGGCUGGGGGGACAGCGACAGAUGGCCCCUACCUUAGCAUGGGGGAUGGCACUGCUGUGGAGUUCGACUUCCCUGAAAACAGCCGUGGCGUCUUCGUAGUGGCCUGCCACUACCAAGGGCCAGAUGCGUGGCUGACCGCAACGUCUCUGGAGCCGACGGUCUUAGUUGUUGAGAACGUCAGCGCCGCCUGGGGAGGGGGAUUUGUGGUCACCUUCCAGUCUGGCCUGGCUGGUUUGGCCCCCCUGCAGCUACAGUUGUUGGAGCAGAGCCGCCUCAUAGAAGAACGAGUGGAUUUCCGGAUCCGCGUCUCUGCUAGGGACCCGGAGCCAUCCCUGCGGUCCGGAUUGGGCCAUUUCUCGGAAAACCCAGUCCUUUAUGCCCUUUUGCCUCUCAUUUUCCUCAACAAAUGUGCGUUUGGGUGCAAGGUCGAAGUCGAGGCACUGAGAGGCCUGGUGCGCCAGCCCCAUCCUGUGGUGCUGGGCAUUCUGGGCCAGUUUGUGGUCAUGCCCCUUUAUGGUUACCUCAUGUCCGUGGCCUUCUCUUUGCCGAAGCCCCUGGCCUUGGGGUUGGUUAUAGCCUGCUCUUCACCCGGAGGCGGUGGCGGCUACCUGUACAGCUUGCUGUUGGGGGGUGACGUGACAGUUGCCAUCUCCAUGACCCUCCUGUCUACUGUCGCGGCCACGGCGCUGAUGCCGCUCUCCUCGGCCUUCUACGGCCGCUUGCUGGGUGCUCACGAGACGCUCCACGUCCCCUUCCUCAAGAUCCUCAUCACCCUUCUCUUCAUCGCGGUGCCCAUUUCGACGGGCAUGCUGGUCAAGUGGAAGCUGCCCCGCCUUUCUCGCCUCUUGCUCCUCCUCAUCCGGCCGUUCAGCUUCACCCUCAUCGUGGGGGGCCUCUUCAUGGCCUACCACAUGGGAGCCUUCAUCCUGGCCAACGUCCAGCUCUCCACCGUGCUGGCCGGCGUUACUGUGCCCGUCUUUGGCCUACUUCUGGGCUACGUUUUGGCCUGGUGCCUCGGACUACCCGGGCCUCAGAGACGGACGGUGAGCAUCGAAAUCGGGGUCCAGAAUAGCUUGCUGGCCUUGGCCGUGCUGCAGCUCUCCUUCCAGCGGGCCCAGGCGGAUUUCGCCUCACAAGCACCGUUCAUCGUGGCCCUCAGCAGCACGUCAGAGAUGCUUUUGUUGGUUCUGGGACAUUUGGUGUACAAGAAGCUCUGUUCUGCUGGCUCCUGAGUGCGUCUUGGGAAGGGAAACGCGGAUACCAAAGAUGUCUGACACAGCCUGUGAGGAGAUACUGAUACCAAAAGCCUGGGAAGCUGGGCGUGAGGCACCCCCUUCAGGAGGGUGUGGGUACCAAGGCCUCAGACUCAGGGCCCCUCGAAGGAUGGCUCAGAUACCAAAAAAGGCCUUUUAAAAUUACAGGAAUCCCAGCCAGGGGGCUGUAUUUUGGCAGUUUACAUUAUCAGGCCUUUUAAGAAAUAUUCUUCCCCUUGUUUUAAUCCAUUUGUCUUUCUCACCAACAAAAGGUGACUCUGGGGCUUGGAGAUAGAAGGUGCACAGACUGGGAGGUGUAAAAUGGGGGGUGGAAUUGUCGUUUCACCCCCCUUCACCAGGAAUACAGGGUUUGAAUAAAAGGAGAUAAAAGGUU